UCCUCACCUGCCUAUCGCCACGUAUACCCCUCCAGCCAGACAGCGGAGUCUCGAACAGAUAGGACAUCCUCGGUCGUCAAGAUGCGCAAGCAUCAUAGCUUAAAGGGCUGAUAGCGAGGCACACACAAGAACCGGGACUGGAUCACAUUGAGGUCACAAGGCCCAUCGUCACAACCAUGGCCUCUGCCAUGGACAACCAUGUCUUCCCCGCCCUGGACCUAGACAUCGCCAUGGACCUGCCCGGCGCAGGCGAAAUCCUCGGCAUCGAGAUGUCCAACGACAGCGUCUCACUGUCCGACAACCCCGCGGGGGAGGCCGCUCGCGAAGACGAGGACACUCCGACGCCGAAUAGCGCGGUGAGCGCAUCCCGCACCCCCGGCAGCGACACCACGCGGCGCCGCGAAGCCGUCAUCCGGAAGUCCCGCCGCGUGCGCACCGGCUGCUUGACCUGUCGCGAGCGGCACUUGAAAUGCGACGAGGCGCUGCAUCGGUGCCAGAACUGUCGCAAGUCCGGCCGCGUGUGUCGCCGCGGCGUGAGGCUGAAUUUCAUCGAUACGCAGGUCGUCAAGCCGCCGAAUGACUUGACCCCGGAACCUGGGCAUCGGGUCUCGUUUCGGGAUGAGUCCAGGCAUAUUGCGUCCGAGUAUGUGGGUGGGUUUGAGAGGUAUCCGCCACCGACGGUGGAGGUGUCCGUGGAUAGGGACAGUCUGGUCAGUCCCCCGCUGUCGGGGCGGUAUAAUACGACGGGGGCGGGGAGGUCGGGUCUGGGGAUGGGUCAGUCUGAGGGGGUCGCGUACUCGCCGAACGGGCGUUCGGUGUCAACGCCUCAGCUGGUGCCGGAUAGGAGUGCAUCUUUUGCGCCGUUUAGAUCGGCGAAGCAGGGGCGAGGGGCCAGUAAUGCGUGUUUGAGCAAUCCGGAAGAAGUGUUUUUGGUGCAGACGUUUGUCGAGCAGGUGGGCCCGUGGAUGGAUUCGAUGGACGAAACGAAGCAUUUUACGAACAUUCUGCCGUUCCAUGCGCUGGAGGAACCGAUGCUCCUCAAGGCGUUCAUGGCCUGCGGUGCUCGCCACCUCUUCCAUGUGAAUCCUUCAUACGGCGAGGGCAAGGCGUCCUAUUUCCAUGACCUGGCAUCGCAAGAUCUUCUCAGCAUGUUACAGGACCCGGAUCGCGAUUCCGUCCUCUGUGCCACGACCGCUGUUAUAUUGAAUGUCUACGAGUCGAUGUGCUCCCGGUCGACCCUCUCAGUCCACGGCAUGAACCACGUCGCCGGCGCAAGGGCUCUGGUCAAGGAAUGUCGAUGGGACGCAACCAGCCAAGGUCUCGGCGGGGCGUGCUUCUGGCUGAACAUCAGUUUGGAGCUGCUCAGCUGUCUGCACUUCAACUGGGCAUUAACUUGGGAUCCCGACACUUGGGGCGUCGAUAUGAACAUGGAGCAGACGCAGCCCAGCGUCGCCGGGAACGAGGAACUCUGGACCCACCGCAUGGUUUACAUCUGCGCGAAGGUCGCCAACUUCCGAUCCUCCUUCUCCCACGUCCAGGGCCUCGAUCACUCCACCGCGCAGAUCGACCAAUGGUAUCGAGACUGGUGCACGUACAGCGAGUGGUGCGACCAGUGGGCAAAUGCCGUGCCACGUUCCAUGACGCCGCUUGGCUACCUGCAGCCGUGGCAGACGCAUUCGAAAUCCGUGUUCCCGGAAAUAUGGCUGAUCAAACGAUCGUCCAUCAUCGCUAGACUCCUCUACCACACCGCUCGCAUCCUCCUGACCAAGAUCCACCCGCUAGAAUCAGAAUACAGUCCCGAGAUGCAGAGCGUGCAGCAGAGCCAUGCGCACGAUAUCUGCGGCAUCAUAGCGCAUACCAAAGACCGCGGAAUCUCCACCCUCUGCACCCGCUUCCUCUUCAUCGCCGCCUCCUGCCUCGCCACCCGCGACGCGCAGGACGAGAUCCUCACCACGAUCGACCGCAUCAAAGAGACCGGCUGCCCGGUCGAGCACAUCAAAGAGGAGCUGCAGGAGGCUUGGGGAUGGACUGUGCAUGCCCACGGACACAAUGUCGGGGUUGGCGUGGGCGUGGGCGUCGGAGUUGAGGUGGAUAGUCUGUUCGGUGACCACGCAUUCACCCCUGAUCCGGACCCGUCGGCCAUGCUGAAGCUGCAUUCUCCGGUCGUGGUGAAUCCGUUGCUGGCGUUCGCGGACUUUGACUUGGAGAGUCAUCCGUAUCAGGGGAUUUAUGUUAAGCCGAGGGGUUAGCCGCAAUCGAGCUAGUUUAGUGGGCUCUGUAUAUAUCCU